GGGUAAUGCUCUAAAGUUAUAUCCUCACUUGCCAUUUGUGUUUAUAAUCCCCAUUCUCUCCCUAGAAAUCCUCCGCCUCUCUUUCCUCUGUUCCACCACCACAACAUCUCUCGAUCGCCAGAACCACCGCUGUGCGUGAACUUUAUCUUCCGCCCAUCUUGUUGCUGCUUCUUCCUCUGCCGCUGUUGCUGCCAUUGUUGUUGCUGCUGCCGCCGGUGCAACGACUUCUGUUGCUCCGCAGCCUCCUUCGAGUGCUCCGGUACUAUUGUGUUUAUUUUGAGAAAGCGCAAUUACAAGCGGUGGGUGUGAACUGCAACUAUCGUCUGGGUCUGCGUUGUGUGCGUCGGUGCAGCUAUGUUUCAGUGGUGCGGCCGUCGAGCCGUGGCGGUGUGGGUCUUAUAGAUUAUAGUUUGUGGAGCAUCGUGCACUGUGUUAGGCAGCCAAAGAUGAAGCAUAUGAAGCCGCUCAGUUUGUUUCAAGAUUUGCUUAAGACAAAUGCACUGGAACGAGGUCGGUUGUUGGGCUUGGACGUUGGUGAUAAAUAUGUUGGGCUUGCACUUUCAGACCCAGAAAACAAAAUUGCAACACCUUUGAGUGUUUUACUAAGGAAGAAAUUCAAUAUUGACAUGAUGGCUGCUGAUUUCACAAGUUUGAUUUCAGAAUUUUCUCUAUCAGGAUUUAUUGUUGGCUGCCCUUAUGAUAGACUGCGUCCCAGUCCACAUGCUGUGCAAGUGAAAGUUUUCGUAGAUGAUCUUUGCAAAACCGGAAAACUUGAAGGUGUUAAAUAUACUUAUUGGAAUGAGUGUUUCACAUCAAAGAAUGUUGAAUUACUUUUGAAGCCACUUACAUUACAUCCAGUGGAAUUAAAGACCAUGCUUGACAAAUUUGCUGCUGUUGGGAUUUUGCAGCUCAUAUUCUUCUGACAGGGGUAUCUGGAUUAUGUCAACCGCAAUGGGAUGAAAUCUGAAUCUUGAUGUGGAAGAUUGUGUUGGAAAUAGUUAAGUGACUGCUUUCCUCUAUGGUGUGCACUGGGGUCUCCUGGCCUUUAGUAGAUAAGGAUCUCUUCCGAGCAAAUUAGAAGAUGCACAUAGGAGUGUAGUGUUCGGACUGUUCACGGUUGAUACAAUGCAACAACAUCAUUUAUUAAAGAAAACAACAGAAAAGAAAAUCUGAUAUAGCAAGUCAUGGGAUUGGAAGAUUUGAAUCACAGUAUUUAGAGAUUUGAAUUAUAUAGUUUCUUCUAAAUUAAUGAUUAGAUAUCUUUGCUUAUUCUUGUUCUUUCCUUGGUCAGAAUCUUUGUUUAUUCUUUCUUUUUGAAGCAUUUAGUUAUUUUUCUAAUCUUAUGUAACUAAUGCAACCAAAAUAGUGUUUUAUUUACUGCCUUCUUAAGUUCUAUGCUUUCAAAAAAAAAAAAAAUAUUGGCAGAACCCUACAAAAAAUCUCCCUUCCAAGGACCUUGGAGCUAGUCAUUUAAAGGGAAGCUGCUAAUUAAGUAGUAGUUGUUUAAAUGAAUCGAUUUCCCAUUCCCCUUUUGCUGUAGGUUUGGCUUGGAUUACUGGUUAGAUAUGGUGUUCAUGAAUUAGUUUAUUCCCUUUACUUGUGUCAUACUCUUGGUUGUAUAAUAUUUGUGGAAUUUCACAUUAAUAAUGUUAUACCAUGUUUCGAACAGUCAA